AUGGCUUCCAUCUACGAUGUACUGAGUCACUGCUCUGAUUUAAGUGAAAGUUUAUCAACAGUUAACGAUAAAGAGAAGAGAAAAUCACUAAUUAAUCAACACAUAAAGAAAUUGAGUGGACAAUCCAGUUUUAAAGUGCCAGAGUUUUCAAAAGAAUUUGAAUGGUUGAAUGUAUCUGAACCACUUUCCUUGUCAAAUCAACUAAGUGGAAAAAUUGUUGUGUUGGACUUUUUCACAUAUUGCUGUAUAAACUGUAUGCAUGUUUUACCAGACCUUCACGCCUUAGAAGAGAAAUUUUCUGUCAAAGAUGGAGUUGUGGUUCUUGGAGUUCAUUCUGCCAAAUUUGAAAAUGAAAAAUUGACAGCAAACAUUUUAAGUGCUAUUUUGAGAUAUGACAUCACACAUCCAGUAGUGAACGACUCUGAAGCAACUUUGUGGAAAAAAUUGGAAGUGGUUUGUUGGCCGACCUUUGUUAUCCUUGGUCCCAGUGGUCAAUAUCUAUUUAAUUUAGUUGGGGAAGGGCACAGAGAAGAACUGUUUGAGUUUGUAGAAACAGCUGUAGAGUAUUUUAAAUCUGAAGGUGAAUUGAAGUCCUAUGAAGUGCCUAUUAGUUUAGAGAAAUUGAAGCUCCCAGCAACACCCUUGCGUUAUCCUGGAAAAAUUGAGUUAUCUGAUGAUGAAUUGAUUAUAAGUGAUUCCGGCAACCACAGAAUUUUAAUAACAGAUUUAAAUGGUAUAGUUCAGAAUGUAAUUGGUAAUGGAGAGAAAGGAUUUAAAGAUGGAGAUUAUGAAACCGCCAUGUUUUCAUCACCACAAGGAUGUUGUAGACUAGAUGAUUAUAUCUAUAUUGCUGAUACUGAGAAUCAUGCUAUAAGAAAGGUUGACCUAAAAUCCAAACAUGUGACAACCAUAGCAGGUACUGGACAAAUGGGAAAUGAUAAAGAGGGUGGAGUUACAGGUGUCAAUCAAAUAUUAUCAUCACCGUGGGAUGUUUGUAUUGGCAGAUCACCAGGGUCUACACGGAAUGAUGUAUUAUAUAUAGCUAUGGCAGGUACACACCAAAUAUGGGUUUAUUUUCUACAAGAUGUUACUUGGUAUAAAGCAAUGAAGUACAGUAGUGGAACCUGUAUCAGAUUUGCUGGCAGUGGUGCCGAAGAAAACAGAAAUAAUAGUUAUCCACAGAAAGCAGGGUUCGCUCAACCUUCUGGACUAACACUUUCUAAUGAUAGCUUGUAUAUAGCUGAUAGUGAAAGUUCUAGUAUACGCUAUAUUAGUCUAAAAGAUGGGGCUGUAAAAGGUUUGGUUGGUGGAGAAAGAGAUCCUACAAAUUUAUUUGCUUAUGGUGAUGUGGAUGGUAAAGGUGUAGAAGCUAAACUCCAACAUCCUUUAGGUUUGAUAGCAUCACAAUCUACUGAUCAACUUUAUAUGGCUGAUUCUUAUAAUCAUAAGAUCAAAUGUGUGGACUUAAAAACUAAAAUGUGUACAACCAUACUUGGUAGAACAGAAGUUAGUGAUAAAGGGGACACUACUCUCAAUGAACCUAGUGGACUGGCACUAGACACCAACAAACAGAAGUUAUACAUAGCAGACACUAAUAAUAAUACUAUUAAAGUCUUAGAUUUAAAGACUAUGGUGGUUUCACAAGUAAGUAUAGAUGGAAUCAAACAAAAAGCAUAA